GAAUAAAGUACAAAACAAGAAGUUAUUUAAAGUUUAGUUAGCCACUUCUCAAAGUCAUAAUAAAAAACUAAUUUCGACAUGAAUGUCUUGCUUAUUUCGAUUUCCCUAAUUGUCAUCUUCGCUCUUGCAACUUCCAUGACACCACCGCCACUGCCAAAUCCAACCGAUGAACCAAAAGCUGCCAUUGAUUGUGCUAAAGAACACAAAAUUCCCAUGAAGGAAGCCGCUGGUAUUUUAAUGGGACGCAACAUAAAAAGAAAAACUCAGAACGUCAAGUGCUUCGUACAUUGCUACUUUAAGAAAUUUAAGGCCAUGGAUAAGGAAAAGGAAAAACUGGAUAAAGUUAAGAACAACUGCGAUUCCAUCAAGAACAACGAUAAGUGCGUGGAGUCCUUUCAAAAGUUAAAAUGCUUCCAUAAAAGUGCACAUAAGAAAUUGAUCCCUCUUUCAUUACAGUAAAGAAAUGUGAUGUGAUCUACAUAUAUAUAAUAUAAUUAAAGAAAUCCUAAGCAACUUUAGUACGCAAUAAAUAAAUUAAACAGUCAAUUCAGAGGCUUAAAUUCUUUUUGAAAUUGGAGCAAAAAUGAAUAUAGAAAUAAUUUGGGAAGCGCAUAAAAACGGAGUAGUAAAUC